AUGUCUCUUCCGUCGAAAUAUGCCCCGGAGGGUCUCAGUAGAUAUGACCAACAUCGACCAAUAACGUCCGGCAGAAAACGGCCUCAAAAGCCGAUAAAUUAUACGGUUCGUGUUAUCGAAGCCAGAAUUAAAGAUGCUGUGGAGAACCGCACCUACAAUAACUCAGACUAUGGAGAUGGCGAUAUAGAAAUGAUUCCUAUGGACGACUAUAAGGAAGUAGAGGUGAUCUCCGAGUUUGUAGAAUUCUGUCGAGAUGCAAAGUUAAUAUCUGGCAACAGAACGCUGGAGACAGACGCGAUGGAAGAUAUUGUAGAGAAUACUAGUGGCUUUGAGCUUGCAGAAGGUAACAUUUCAUAUCUUGUAAUAGAUACCAAUUUUCUUUUGUCCCAUUUAAACAUCUUGGAUGAGAUUAAAAACAUCGCUGACAAAUAUGAGCUCAAGCUAGUAGUGCCUAUCACUGUGAUUCAGGAAUUGGAUGGACUCAAGAACUCCAAUAGAACAAGUCUCGUGAGCAGUAGCACUAGCGGUGAGCUCGAAGACAGAAUAUCGGGUAAGUCUAUAGGACAUUUGGCUCGAUGGGCUACUGACUGGAUCUACUCGUGUCUUUCCAAGAACAGCGGUGUAGUCAAGGGCCAGAAAUUGAGAGAACGGCUCAAUAAAGAUGCUGUGAAAGACGAUGCCAUCCUCGAUUGUGCCUUGUAUUUGAAGGAAUGCCAUGCCAAUUCAUUAAUCGUGCUCUUUUCCAACGACAAGAACUUGUGCACCAAAGCUCUUGCAAACGGAGUUCUUACUGUAAGCUAUAAGAAACACAUGACUUCAGAACUUAUAGCGAAUGUGGUGCAUACCGAGAAUGUUAGUCGUUUUGGGAAAAUCGAAAAGCGUAUCGUGGAAGUGGCUCCUGCUAUACAGUCAAUGUCUUACUCUAAUUCAAAUUUGCAGUCUAAUCCGCACCAUGUGCUUGUGGAGCAGAAUGUCCGCCAGUUUUCCAGCUUUCAUCAGAUCGCAGAAAAAGUAUAUACCGAGAUUCAGAUGAUAGCCCUAUCUGCUAUCCAUCAAUGCAUGGAGUCAGUAUUUAACGAAGAUCUAGAUCUUCUUCAGGACUACGAAAAAGAAAAAGUGAUCACCCUCACCGAUUGUUCUAACGUUAUGAUUCGGUUUUGGUUCACUGUAUUUCAACCGUAUUUCAAAAAACUCCCAAACAAGUUCACUCCGUUCGAUGAAUCAGGAAGGAAUAAAACUCCACUAUAUGUAGAUUUACCUAGAGAUUCCUAUGAAUUGUUGCAAUUCGUUCACUUCUGGACGAAGACCUUGUCUACCAUAUACGCUGCCGAAAUGGACGACUCCAAAAAUGAAGCAUUGGACAUCCUCGUCCAACGAUGGGAAAGCAUGGCAAGCCUUUACUAA